AUGCAAAUUUUUGUUAAAACUCUUACGGGCAAAACUAUCACACUUGAAGUUGAACCAAAUGAUACCAUCGAAAAUGUGAAAGCAAAAAUCCAAGACAAAGAAGGAAUUCCACCUGAUCAACAACGUCUUAUCUUCGCCGGCAAACAACUUGAAGAUGGUCGAACACUCGGCGAUUACAACAUUCAAAAAGAAAGUACACUUCACUUAGUUCUUCGAUUACGUGGUGGUAUGCAAAUAUUCGUGAAAACUCUCACUGGCAAAACUAUAACACUCGAAGUUGAACCAAGUGACACAAUCGAAAAUGUUAAAGCCAAGAUUCAAGAUAAAGAAGGAAUUCCACCUGAUCAACAACGUCUUAUCUUCGCCGGUAA